UUCGUUUGACAUUAAUCUGAGUGUAAACUAUUGUUUGUGAAAGCAUUUAUUUUUUCAUCUCCGUUAAAAGCUAAAAGCUCUGACGAUGGCUAAUUACUUCACAAUGGACGGCACUGAAACUACAAACUUCCAAAAAGAAAUAUCUGGCAUGAUGCACGGUUUCGGCGACAAUCCGAACCCAAACGCAGCAACCGUUGUUUUGGUUGAAAGUAUUGUUCAACAACAACUGAAGUUUAUGAUCCAAGAAGCACACAUGAACUGCAAUUUGAGGUGCGGUAAGGCUAUUUCCAAUUACGACAUUAUUUACUUAAUGAGAAAAAAUACAAAGAAGUUAAAACGCUUGCAUGACUACCAGUUAAAGUUGGAUCAAAUUGACAAGAAAUGCGUCCUGAAUAUUGGUACGGCUAGCGAGGCAAUGAUAACUGGGAUGAUAAUAGAGGAAGAGAAAGACCUAGCUGUCAAGAAGCGUAGGACACACAUUGACUACAUUCGGGAAUUUGAUGAGGCUGAUGAAGUCAGUCAGAUAAAGUUUGACUCCAUAGACUACAUAAGAAAAGUUAGAGCAGCUAAAAUUACUGAGUCUAUGACUUUCGAGAAGUAUGAGGCAUACCAUAAAGCUAGAUGCAUGUCUUUCCGUUCUGGGUACGGCAUAGGCAAAGGCUUUGUUAAGCUCGAACGCUGGCUGAAUCCAAUGAAAGAGUUUAAGUUAACACAGUCCGCAUUAGAAGUCCUAUGCUUUAUUGCUUAUGAAACUGUUGCGGAGAUUGUGGACGGAGUGUUCUUGGUUCGUCAAGAUGGUAAGAAGAAGAGCGGAGAUCCAUUCAGCAAGUUUGAAGGUGGUUACUUCUGUAACCCUGUCAGUUUGAGUAAUGCGGUAUACAUUAAGUCUGGGUACGAAGGAGUACCAGCUAUAACGGUUGCAGAAGUCAGAGAAGUACUCAGAAGAUAUUACUCCCCAAGAACAGGAAUGAAUGGCUUAUUCUAUAGAAAUAUGAGUUUAGACUUGCCCAUCAGAUAUAUAGCUUUGUAAUGUGAUUUUCAGGAGGUAUUAUUGGAUAAUCAAGUUUAUAAGUCUAUUUUUAACAGAUUAUUGUAAGUCUGAUAUUCAGGGAGGAGUUAUUUCUCUCUUUUUUAGUAUAUGGAAUGAUUAUACCAUGUAUCAGAAUAGAAGUAAAGGUGGAUGUUAAAAAUGUGAAAGCAAACUUUAAAAACAAUGGAAAAUUCAUUGUAAACAGUAGUUUUAAGAAAAUUCGUUGAAAACUGAGGUUUAUUUUGAUGGACUUGGGCCUGACAUGUAACGGUUCCCUUGAGUGCUGUUAGAACCAGAAAUAUUGUAAAAAAAUAUAUUUCAAUUUCUGUAAAAAACCUUAUAGAACCUCCUUGGGGUCCCUUCAGAUAGACCGGCUCGGAGAGCAUCGGCGCGCAUUUUUCUUUUCACACAGACUGGAGUCGGCUCCAAUCGGCUCCGAUCGGCUGCGUGGGAUGUAAUUGGAGCCAAACAUCAGCAAGACCGAGAAAAAGUACAUGAUCGGAGCCGUUCGGAGCCAGUCGGCACCUCUUAUAAUUUCACCCCGAAUGCCUUCGAGCAUUCUUAAUGAAAAAAGCAGUGCAUAUGCAAAAAUAAACCUUACUUAAAAUACUAAGUACUCAAUUUUCAAUGUGUUAAGAAUUUGCUCUCCUCUCCGAGCCAGUCUGUCUGAACAGACCCUUACACUUCAUAUGAAAUUAUAUUGUUUAAUGGGUUGCAUUUAUCAACAUUAAAUUAAAAAUUAGUAUUAUUGGAUAUUCAAUAUUAGUAUUAUGUUAUUGGACUGCAGCUACUAAAUAUGUAGGGUAUUCAAAAUGUAUUUCUACUAUUCUCAAAUUACUUUAAUAUUGUAUUGAAGAACAAUUUUAAUAAAUACUUUUAUCACUUAUUACUAUUA